AUGAUGAGCUCGAAGAUGAUGCGACUCUUCAUCUUGGGCCCUGCAUUUGGGCUACCUUCGAUUGACGCAGAAUGUAAUGCAGCUGUUGCACUGCUCCAGCUCCGCGUCAAAGACCAACACGAGCUGAUCCCAACGCAUGACCAAACACAUCGACUGCCCUUCCUGAUCGAUGGCCAAGCACAAGUCUCUGGCUUCAACAACAUCGUACGCCACUUCGCGAACAGACGCAUAUCCGACGAGGCCGUCCGGCUAGAUGCAAAGCAACGCACCGAUUCUCUUGCCUUCACGUCCUUCAUCGAGUCCAACGCGCAGACACUGCUGGACAUAUCGCUCUACGUCGGCUUCGAGAACUACCGCUACACGACUCGUCCCGCCUUCACCAAGAUUCUGCCAUGGCACAUCAACUACAUAAUACCACCACAACGACGCACAGCUGCUAGAUCACGAACAGAACACUUGGCCAUAUCGAGCAUUGAUGUCGACAAUGUGCACGAGGAUAUGAGCAACAAGCCACCAGGUUAUGAAGGAGUAGGGAAAGAGCAGCCCGGAUUCGAGGCGGAGGCAAAGCAGAGAGCAAGCCUGCUUCUACCACGCAAGGAUACACUGAGGAGUCUUCUGCAGAGACCUGAGCAUGCAGCAGUGUUCAAGUUGAAUGCUCUGGUAGACAACUUCUUCGAGCCGUUGCACGAGGCACUCCAACAUAACGACUACUUGCUCGGGACUGCAGAGCCGACCUCGAUCGACUGCUUACUGUACGGCUAUCUCAGUCUCAUCUUGUACCCACAAGUACCACAAGACUGGCUAGCAUCAACCAUCAAGCGGAAGUACAAGUCGCUCGUGGCCUACACCGACCGACUACAUAGCUUGUUAAGCCUUGCUACCGACGCUGAUCACGUUCUUCGGCUAUCACAAGUGGCUGCAGCUCACGCGCAUGAUAUGUCGCUGCCGUGGAAAGCACCCAACACUUCGACAAUGUCUGCAACCAUCAAGGAGAUUCGCCAUGGGAUCUGGAUGCAGCUACCUGUUGUUGGUGGACCACGGUUGGCUUUAUCAAACGCGAAGCAGUUCCCCUACCUUGAUCGGAACUUGGGCAAUAUGGUACUUUCCUUAACAGCUUCCCUUGCCCUGGCUGGGUAUCUCACAAUCCGCUUCGGCUUUCUGUCAUGGCCACACGGCGAAGAAGUCCACAUCUUUGGUCGCAGGCGUAUGGCAGACUAUGGUCAUCUCGGCGAUGCUCUUGCUGGUAUUCGCCUUUUAGGGCCUCAGGCUGGCCGAUGA